CCUGCAGGUCGCGCGUCACCCACUAGGCGGCGCCACGCGCUCCCUCCGCGCUCCUCUCAGCGCUUCUUCUCCAGUAGAAGAAAAACUUCCCUCCGUCUUUCUUUUUUCAAAAUGGCCGAAUACUUGGCGUCGAUUUUCGGUACAGAAAAAGACAAGGUCAACUGCUCUUUCUACUUUAAAAUCGGAGCGUGUCGCCAUGGAGACCGAUGCUCGAGACUCCAUAACAAGCCCACGUUCAGUCAGACCAUUGCUCUGUUGAACAUUUACCGGAACCCACAGAACACAGCCCAGUCUGCGGAUGGCAUCAACGCUGUCAGUGAUGUGGAGAUGCAGGAACAUUAUGAUGAGUUCUUCGAGGAAGUCUUCACUGAAAUGGAAGAGAAAUAUGGAGAGGUUGAGGAGAUGAACGUGUGUGAUAAUUUAGGAGAUCACUUGGUGGGAAAUGUCUAUGUGAAGUUCCGCCGUGAGGAAGAUGCAGAGAAAGCGGUGAUUAACUUGAACAACCGCUGGUUUAAUGGUCAGCCCAUCCAUGCUGAGCUCUCACCUGUCACUGAUUUCAGAGAGGCCUGUUGUCGACAGUAUGAAAUGGGAGAGUGCACUCGAGGAGGCUUCUGCAACUUCAUGCACCUGAAGCCAAUCUCAAGGGAACUCAGAAGAGAACUGUACGGCCGCAGGAGGAAGAGCAGGCAUCGCUCUCGUUCACGUUCCCGUGAGCGCCGCUCUCGCUCUAGAGAGCGUAAUAGAGGAGGAGGCGGUGGCGGUGGUGGAGGAGGAGGAGGAGGAGGUGGAGGAAGAGACCGAGAGAGACGGAGGUCAAGAGAUAGAGAACGCUCUGGACGCUUUUAAAAUGUCCUUCUUUCUUCAAACCAACAUUCAAACCCCAAGUCCUACCCUAGUCUCUCCUGAUGAAAUGUGAUAAAUGUUGAAUUUAUUUCCUCCCUGACUUCUUUGUCCUCUGACCUUUUUAUGCGAGAUUUGUUUGCUUUUCAAUAAAGAUUCCUUGAUCAAU